GAAUAUCCGCCCGUCUGGGCUUUAUUUUCGUGGCUUCUAUCAAUCGCUUUGACUGGGCGUGCGCUCUUUGUCUGUCUGUCUGUCCGUCCCUGCGCUACCAACAGCAGCACUCCUUCUUCUUACCAGACAGAGGAGCGACGAGUGACAAUGGAGGGCCAGGAGUCGCCCAUCCCGAGCGUCCAGCUUCCCGACUCGGUCGAUUCUGCCCCGGGCCCCAUGAGCCCGCCGGGCACACCGUCGCUCUCCUGGACGGCCGCCGCUGCUCCAGCUCCUUCGGCUUCGACGGGGGACAGCAGCCGAAGAAGCCGGACCGAUGCCAUUUGGACCGCACGCGAGAAUGCCGUCGUCAAGAACAGGCAGGGAAGCGUGCUGACGCGCGGCCUCAUCCUCAAGACGGACCACUUUGCAGGCCUCAGAAGGCCAAAUCUGGGCGUCCACCUCCAGGGCGCGCCCAACUUUCGUCAGGCAGGCACGGGCGGGCUGGAAGUGUACGGCGUCGCACAGCCCACCAUCUCGGGCAUCAAGACGAUUCUGAGCGUGCUCCAGUGCGCCCCAGCCUCCUCCUCCAGUACCUCCCACAGGACCAGCGACGAUCACGUCAGCAGCAGACGGAGAGGUAAUGGCCGGCAAGAGGAGAGAAAGGGCCGCAGUGCCCGUGGGCCCGUCUCUGCUGCCUCUCAUGCCGACAGGGCAGCCAGCGUCACACCAAGGCUGGGCCCUGCCUCGUCGAUCAAGGCGACCAGCUCACCGAGGCCCGACCCGUCCGACGUGACUGACAUUGAGGCAUCUCGAUCGCUCGGCUCUACGCCUCCGAUCAACGGGCUGGACGCGCAAGUGAGCUCGACGAAGCGGGAGCCAAUAACGGGCAGGCGAUGCGUCUGGGCAUGCACGCGAAACGAGCCCGUCGUCUACGUCGGAGGUCGGCCGUUUGUGCUGAGAGAGGCAGAGCGGCCGAUUGACAAUUUUUCCCUCUCGGAGCGCGCAGACAACCUCGAGGGCAUCGAGCAGCGGCUCAAGUCGGACAUUCUCAAUGAGGCCGGCCGCUACGGUGGCCUGCUCAUGGUCCACGAGGAGGACGAGCAGGGAGGCGUGCGGCCCGCCUGGGUCGCCGUCGAUGCAGUUGAGGUCAAGACGCUGCGUGAGGUCUGGGAAGGCCUCAGCGUGGCAGGAUGGCGGUGCGACUACCACAGAAUCCCCAUUGCCGAAGACCAACCGAUGGAGAACAACUACCUCGAUGCGUACACACAGAUCAUCAAGGACAUUGAUCCUACGAGGACCGCAUUCGUGGCCAACUGCGGGCUGGGCGUGAGGCGGACAUCGUUUGCCAUGGUCGCUGCUCUGCUGGUACGACGACGCCAGAUGAUGCUUCUCGGUCAUCCGGACCCCUUCCCUGCCGGCGGUCGUGGUACCCCCAACAGGGCGCAGGGCGGUGCAAGGGGAGUCGCAAAGUCUCUCCAGAUUGCCUCGGAGCAGCAGUCCCACGCCAAGGCCCUCUUGCAGCUCGUCCAGGUCCUCGGCGCGAGCCUGUCCAACACUGGCGGCUCGGGCGCCGCCAUUGAGAUUCUCCUCAGCCAGCCUCUGCUUCUCAGCGCCCUCAAGAGUGCAAACGACGGCGACUACGGUGUCAUCAGGCAGCUCGUGGGCCUCCUCGACGACGGUGCCGACACAAAGGAAUCGGUCGAUUUUGCCAUCGACAGCUGUGCCCACGUCAUUCACCUCCGGCACUCCAUCCUCGAAUCCAGGGUGCGCUAUGCAGUCGCUGCCCCGCAGCUCGAGACUGCUGCCACCAAUGGACAGGCGAGAACGAGCCAGGUGCCUGCGUCGCAGCACCUUCGCCGCGCUCUGCAGGGUCUCGAGCAGUACUAUUUCCUCGUCGCGUUUGCCUCGUACGUCAAUGGCAGCGAGACGGCCGUCUUUUCGCACCGCUUUGCCACCUGGCUCAAGAACCGGGCCGAGAUCUGGCACACGGUGACACGAGUCCGGACAAAGGGUGCCCAGCUCUACUUUUUCGACCCCAUUGCCGAUCUCAGCGGGCUGAGCAGGGGCUCAGAGUCUGUGCGCAGCAUACAGCAGCGCAGCAUGGGUGCGCAAGGCGGCGGCGGCGACGACAAUCUCGUGCCGGGCGAUGAAUUUGCAGACCACGUCGUGCGCAACCGGGCCGGCCUCGUGCUGCGGCCGCACAUGCUUCUCAAGGAGGACAUCUGGCGCAGCAUCGUCCGUCGCAGCUCACAGGCGCUGCAGGGCCAGAACGUGCGCGGUGCUGUCAACUUUCGUCGCAUUCCGGGGAGCAACGUCUUUGCUACCGGCCAGCCGACAAUCGAGGGUAUCCGCAACAUUCUCCGAAGCAUUGAGACGCAGCUGGGGAGGAGUAAUUCAAAUAGCAAGGCGCCGCUCCAGGUCACAUUUAUCAACUUGCGAGAGGAGCCCAUCUGCCACGUCAAUGGCAAGCCCUACUGUCUUCGCCAGAAGGGUAUGAGCCUGCGAAACAUCAAGUCGUACUCUGGCAUUUCCUGGGCUCGUCUGACACUGCUCGAGGACCGGUUGAAGAAUGAUGUGCUUGCCGAGCUCGACAAUGGAGACGGCAGGCUCCUCCUGCACACCGAGACCGACGAAGGCGAUGUCGUGCCCGUGUGGGAGGAAGCCAACGCGAGCGACGUCGAGACGCUGCAGGAUGUCAUGAACAAGGUGUCGGAUGAGCUUCAGCAGGGUCGCUCUCAUCGUCUUCCAAUCACCGAAGCUGGAGAGGAGACUGCAGGUAAUGACGAGCAGGUGGACGACUCGGAGAGGAAGCCGAAUGUCGAGCUCGUUUAUCGCAGACUGCCCAUCACUGCCGAGAAGCCGCCAGACUUUUCAGACAUUGCCGGCAUCAUGCGUGCGGUCCUCAAGACCCAGAUGGAGUCGACCAACUCAUGCAUCGUUCUCAACUGCCAGCUGGGAAGGGGUCGGUCGACGCUAACGUCGGUCAUUGUCCUCUUGAUUAUGCGGUGGCUCCAGGUGAACAGCAAGCAGGACGAAGACCGCGCGAGCAGCCACCAUGACGAGGAGGAGGAGGCAGAGGAAGAAGCCGUCGUGCCUCCGAAGAGACAGCCACUGAGCUACCAUAUCAUCAAUGGCCUUCUUCGUGUCAUUCCGCGAGGGUUGGAUGCCAAGCGAGCCGUCGAUGAGGAGAUUGACCGCAGCUCGGCCGUAUACAACUUGCGCGACGCCAUAGAAGACGCCCGUCUGGCCGCUGAGGACCUCGAGGAUGAGCAGCUGAAGCGACAGCGCAUCCAGAGCGGCGUCCAUAACCUUCGAAGGUACUUUGAGCUCAUCGUCUUUCAGGCCUACCUCGACGCCACGUCACCCACGACGGUCGAGGAGGUGCCUUCGUUUGAGUCCUUUGUUAAGAAGCAGCCCGUGUUUAGCACGCUGUCUAACGAGUUUGACAAGAUCGACAUUGCCACCAUCACGCCGCUGCAAAAGGUCGGUGACAGCUCGUCGGCGGUGGGCAUGGCCUUGAACGAAGAGGUGCAGGAGGUGGUCAGCAAUCGAUCAGGCACGAUCCUGAGCGCAUACACGAUGCUCAAGUCGGACAUGUUCCCAGGCCUGGCGAAGAUCAACCUCAGCCAGAUUCCGGGCAUUCCGAAUCUGAGGGGCGUGCAACCCAUCCUCGGCUGGUCUCCGUCUUCGAGCUCGAUCCCACCCACGCCGGCUACGGGCCAGGACCAGAUGUCCUGGUCGGUUGCUUCGCUCGCGCCACCGCCGAUUGAGACGUGGGGACACGGCAUGCCGUCGAUUGAAGGCCUGAGAAAGGGACUUGAAAGGAUGGGCGCGGGGCCCUCCUCUUCCUCCUCGGCGUCGAGUGCUGCCGCGGGCGGAGACGAGAGCAGCGGUGUGGUGGCGACGAGUCUGCGAGAAGAGGCCGUGUGCGUCAUCAAUGGGCGACCUCACGUCUUGCGUCUGGCCGACCAGCCAUUCACAAACAUGGAAGCGACGGGCAUCACGACGGAGGCUGUCGAGCGCAUGGAGGCUGCUCUCAAAGCGGACGUCCUGGCCGAGGCAAAGCGCUACGAUGGCCGGCUGCUGCUGCACGACGAGGUGGUGAACUCGACGACUGGCUCGUUUGAGAUCAUCCCCGUCUGGGAGACGGUGAAGGAGGAAGAUGUCCUGACGCCCAAGGAGAUGUAUGCGAUGGUGCAGCGCGAGGGCUACAGGGUCCAGUACGCGCGGGUGGCUGUCACCGACGAGCAGGCGCCCAUCCCGACGGUGUUCAACGAGAUGGAGGAGCGGGUCAAGCUGGCGCUGCGGACGCAGGCAGCCUGCGUGUGGAAUUGCCAGAUGGGAAGGGGCAGGACAACGACGGGCAUGGUCAUUGCGAGCCUGGUCUCGACGGUGUACCACUGGGGUGAGGAAUUGCUCUUCCCCGGCUCCACCUCUGCCCUCUCGAACUCGGCCGCGUCGGUGCAGGACCUUUCGGCGUCAUGGUCGGGUCUCGGCCUCGAAGCGCCCGCGAACAGCAACGGCACAGAGGGCAGGGGCAUGUCGGAGCCCAAGGACGCGCUGGACAACCGCGAGGACGAGCUGUGGCUCCAGGGCGAGUACCGGACCGUGCUCCAGCUCGUCGCCAUCCUCCGGCACGGAAAGCUCGCAAAGCGGCUCACCGACAUGUCGAUCGAUCGCAUGGACGCGGUGCAAAACUUGAGAAAGGCCAUCUACGACAGCAGACUCCGGGCCGACAAUGCCGAUGCGGGCAGCAAAAAAGAGCGGCACCUCACACGCGUCUACACCAACUACCUCAAGCGAUAUGGGUAUCUGAUUGUAUUUGCCAACUACUUGCUCGAGAAGAUGGCGAGGAUGGUCGAGAUCCAGCAGCAGCACGCUGUUACGGCCUCUACGUCGGAAGAGGGCGAAGACGACGCGAGGUCGGUGACGAGCAGGGGCACCAGGACGAACAGCUUGUCGAGAGAGGGUCUUGUGAGGAGCAGGGACGACGAGGCCUACUUUCCCAGCUUCAUCAGCUGGCUGGACACCAGGCGCGAGAUCAGGUCCAUCUUGGGCAAGGACCGGCUGGAAUAGCACACUUGCAAAAUACAUUUUUACACUUCAUGCAAUCUCUAAUGA